UAGUAAGAAUUUAUGCUUCAAAGCACAGUUGCUUAUAGAUCUUGGUUGAGUGCGGGCGAUUGUGUGUUCAUUAAACUAAACUAUGGCGGAGAAAGUUUGUUGCCAUGGGCCCGGUUAUGGGAGCCCUAUUGAUGCUAUGAAAACGGGAGUCCGCGAAAAGCUGCUAUACACUGUUACUGUGCAACCUAAUUUAGAUGAGCCUCAUGGGGACUAUUUAUCAACUGUGGAUGUUGAUCCCGACAGUCCAACUUAUUGUCAGGUGAUCCAUAGAACUUUGACCAACCGCAUGGGUAAUGAAUUACAUCACUCGGGCUGGAAUGCCUGCUCCAGCUGUUAUUAUAUUGAUGAGAAUGCUAAAGAAAUUCCAAAACGUGACAAAUUAAUAUUGCCUUCAAUAAAUUCCGAUUUCAUUUAUAUUUUGGAUGUGACAACUGAUCCACGUAAGCCCUUUAUAUCGAAAAUUAUAGACGGUAACGUACUUAAAAGCCAUAAUGUUACUGCUCCACACACUACGCAUUGUCUGGCUGACGGCAACAUCAUGAUAUCUACACUUGGCGAUGCUGAGGGUAACGCCAAGGGCGAUUUUAUUCUAUUUGAAGCAAAGAAUUUCAACUGCCUAGGGACUUGGACGAAAGGAGAUCGAAAAGCGUUAUGUGGAUAUGAUUUUUGGUAUCAACCAUAUUUUGAUGUCAUGGUGUCAACAGAAUGGGGCGCUCCAAAAAAAUUUAGACGUGGCUGGCGAUCUGAAGACUUGGAUGAUAUGAACCAAUAUGGCUGUCGUCUGAAUUUUUAUAAAUGGUCAUCGCAUACGUUAUAUCAAACUAUUGAUUUGGGUUCAGAUGGCACCACUCCGCUUGAAGUUCGUUUUAUGCAUAAUCCAAAGCGUGCGGAAGGAUUUGUAGGCGCUUGCUUGUAUGCAAACAUAUUUUAUUUUAAAAAGAAGGCGGACUCUGAUGAGUUUGUCGCUAAAAAAAUUAUUGACGUACCUGGAAAACUUAUUUCAGUUAAUGGUGAUGAACCACAAUAUUUAAAUGGUAUGCUUUCCGAUAUACUUCUUUCCUUGGACGAUAAAUACCUCUAUGUGAAUUUUUGGCUGCACGGAGAUGUGCGCCAGUACGAUGUUACUGACCCAGAAAACCCUAAACUAACAGGUCAGUUGUUUUUAGGAGGAUCUAUUUGCAGUGAUUUGGACAAUGUGGAAGUAAUUGAGGAUAAAGAGCUCAAGGAACGUCCGAAACCUCGCUUCGUCAAAGGAAAACGAUUAGAAGGGGGUCCACAAAUGAUGCAACUUUCUUUGGAUGGCAAAAGGUUAUAUAUUUCAUCGUCGCUGUAUUCUCCGUGGGAUAAGAUGUUUUACCCGAAAAUGGUUGAAAAAGGCGGCCACAUUAUACUAAUUGACGUUGACGUUGUUAAUGGAGGUUUAAAACUCAAUGAGGACUUCCUUGUUGACUUUGGUAAGGAGCCGUUUGGGCCAACACUUCCUCAUGAAAUGCGUUACCCGGGCGGCGAUUGUACUUCUGACAUUUGGUUGGCUAAGGAAGACAAAUAACAUUUAAAAACUGCAUGAACCAAUGUACAUACAUACUGAGAUUUGAAUUAGACGAAUACCAAUUGAAAGAAUAGUUGCAUUGAAUAGUUGAAUUGUAACAAAUUGAAAAAAAGAAAAAACUAUAACCUACACAAUGUAUACAAACAAAUAAAAUUUUGAUAUAUUCGUAAAGAAAAGCAUAUUUAUUCAAUAAUGGAACAGGCACAGGCCAAUAGUAGUAGUAGUAUUUGUGGCAAAUAAAAGUAAAAUAUACAAAAUUUGAAAUUUACUUAUUGUAA